UGAAUUUCCCCACUCGGACCGGUUUCGUUAACAGCGGCUUAACCGAUUCGUGCCGAUUGAUGGGCAGUGAUUGAAGUACAUUUUUCGGGGUCUCCAAGCUUCGUGGAAUCAUUCUGCUGUUCGGGCGGCUAGAGAACGAGUUUGCGCUUCCCAGGCGCCCCAAGAAGCGAUUUAGAGUUCGCAGACAUGCCAAUCCCUGAAUUAAUGGAGCUGCCAAAUCAAUUAGAGGCGCUGCGACUUAAUUAAAAUUUGUUUGCCUAAUUAAAAGCCAGCACUGUCAGUGCGAACGAACGUGCACAAGCGAUUCUUUGUGGCUCCUCCGCCAGCAACUCGAGAUCUCCAAGUCCAAAUCCUCUUUUGUGGGUCGCAUGCCGGCGGAGAAAUGCGGUUCUCAGUUGGAGAAAAGUCUAAGCAGCAGAAACGGAAAAAGAAACACAUACAGAAAGAGAAACAGAAACAGAAACAGAAACAGACACAGAAUCAGAACAAAAUGCAGCGCCAAAAGCCAAUGCACAAGAAUGCGAGACGAACGCCACGAUCCAAGAUCCACGAUUCCGAAGCGGAGCUGCAGGGCACUAUAUAUUGAAUUGACUGCUUAGCUAUUCAUGGGGACUUACAGAUUAAUCCACGUUUUCUGAUAAGAUAUCCUAUUACAACAACUGGUUUCCACCAGUUAAAAUGGAACACUUAGGCUGGAAAAUGCUGGCUUGACUUUCGAUGAGCUAAAUGUUCAAGGUUUUUUG